GUGACGAAGGCAUGCGCGAUGAAGAAGAAGGAGGAGGAGGAGGUGGCGGCCAGCGGCAGCUCAGGGAGCAGCAGCAGCAGCAGCAGCAGGGGAAGCGGCGGCGACAGAGGCGGCGGCGGCGGCGGAGGGGGUUGCGGCUGGUGGAUGAGUACGGUGCUGUGCCGCAACCCGCCUGGGAUCCGGACGUGGGGUGGGGGGACGAGGUGACGCUGGAGCCCGCAGCAGCAGCCUACUUUGAUGAGUACUCCUGGGUGCUGGAUGGCACCCGGGUGGUGCGCUACCCGGAUCCCUGCUGGCCCGAGGAGCUGGCGGGCAGCAGCAGCAGCAGUGGCGGUGACAGCGGCGGUGACAGCGGCAGCGGUGACAGCAGUGCUGACGACGUUAGCGGUAUGGGGGGCAGUACCACCGGCAGCGGGAGUGGGAGCGAGAAUGGGGGCAGCCGCCUUGGGGGCAGCGGCAGUGAGGAGGAGGAGGACGAUUGCAGCUGCGACGGAGACCGUAUCGUGGACGUCCUCCGCUGCGCUCACCCCGGCUGCCCCGCCGUCAAGCUCCUCUACCGCCCGCCCGCACUGCCCCGCCACCUCACACCGCACCAGCUGGCGGCCAGCGGCCUCAGGGUGUGGGUGGUGCGCCCGCGACCCGUGGGUCACCAGAUGCCGCUGCUACAGGACGCACAGCAGCAGCAACAUACGACACAGCAACAACAACAUCACCAACAGCAGCAGCAGCAGUUUCGGGUGCAUCCCCACAACCACGCGCCAUCUGGCGGUGGCAGUGUUGUGGUACGGCAGCAGCUGCAGCUGCAGCAGGUGCAGGCAGGCAGGGCAGCGGCACGUGCGGAGGAGCAGGCAGCGGCUAG